AUGGAGAUUGUGAUUCUAUGGAAGCAUGCAACAAAGUCUCCAGUAACAAAAUCUGAUGGAAUUCCAGCAAACUACAACAAACCGAAGCUAAGGAAAUGUACUUCUCUGAAGGUAGCCUCUUCAUUCACUCGAGUCUGUCUUUGUGCUCCCAUCUCUUCCUACAACGAGGUGUUUCGAGCCGACGUCCGUCAAAGAAGGAGCUGCAGUUUGUCGAGAUCGAAAUCUUUUGUGGCUCCUGAUAGAGUCAUGAACGCAAGAACGUCGGUGGAAGGUCGGAGAGUGUUCAGGGGGAAGUCGUUAACCGACGACACCUUGAUGAGGAGAUUUGUGGUGGAAGAGGAAGCAAUGAUGCAGCUGAGGAGGAGGAACCAGAUGGAAUUCAUGAGAAAGAGGAAUGCCAUGAGAAGGAAAAAGCUUGGGCCUAGUCCUCUUAGAAUGAUGGUAAUGGCUGGAGAAGAGUAG